GCGUGUCAGCUCUGAUACUGAUGCUCAAGAACUCCUAGACCAACAGUUUUUCCAGAGGAUGACUGGGAAGAGGAACUUUCCUAGCAGAGCCACGGAGGUUCGAUAUGGAGGACGGGAUCUGAUCGUCGAGAGAGGACGAGGGUGCAGAGGGCGAUUACGUCGGCGGGUGUUUGAGUUGCAGAGACGCAGGUUGCAAGGAUCGCUUCCUGACGAGUUUGAUUGCAUCAUAUGGUUGUUGAGCAAAGGAAGAGCAGAAAAGUAAAGGUUAGAGAUGAAGGAAGAUGGAAAUGGCCAAGUGGGUAGACAAAGUUCAACUGCCAACAUUUCUUUAUUGAUGUUUUAGGAGUUAAUAGAUGCUCUUGAUAAUUUUGUUAUUGUUGAUAUGUUUUGGUAUAUGUUCUUUUGCCAGCUUCUUUAAUUUUUUACUGUAGCCUGCUCCGGAUACCAC